GGGCGGGGCGUUGAAGCAGCCUCAGCUUUCAUGCAUGUGUGUACACUCGUUCCGACAACGACGGGCAAUGUCGCCGUCUCGCCAUCUAUCUCACAGACCGGUCGCGGAUGCUAAAAGCUCAAACGUCUCUCUCAACUGAUGGCCUAUACCCGAACUCCCUGACACCGGCACUUCGCCAGGGAAACACGGGCAUCUGUGAACUGAUAGGUGAAGCAAAAGGGGGAGAUUGUAGAGACCAUUGUGCGCCUGGGGUCGGUCGGGGGAGAGAGAGCGAAAGAAGCGCCAGCGGUCUGAUGCUGCAGAAAAUUCGCCAUUGUUUGGAUGAGCAAGCCAGCGAUAGCGUUUAGAAGCAAAGCAAACUCUUCUUCUCCAUCCUCUGAGUUGCAAGCGGUUUAUAUGUCAACAAUGGCUUCAUCACUGACCUAUGCGAUAUAUCUUCUUUUGAGCAUCCAGAGCACAUCGGCCUUCCAGGUGACCCUGCGUGACGAGUCCUGGAUAGUCAUAACCCUCGAGCCGUCGGACCUGAGAGAAAACGUGACGGCGUACGCGGCCCGCGUGUCCGGCGAGCCCCGGACCCACCUCCUACUCUUCCAGAACCAGACCCAGAACCAGACCCAGACCCAGACCCAGACCCAGCCGGACUCAAUGCUCUUCAACGCCUCCUACCACGGCCUGUCCUACACGGUGGGCCUGGUGCUGGGGAACGACACUGUCUGGUCCAAACCGGUCCAGACCAGAACCAUCCUCACAAAGCCUCUGCCCCUGGACAGCGUGGUAAUCUCAGAUUACAAGGCGUCUCCUGAGACGGGGGUGGUCUUUGAGAUUAGCUCGCCCGAGAGGAACGUCUUCAGCCGGGUGAACAUCAGCUACACGGAAGGCAGGGAGCAACGCUACAUGCUCUAUAAAGACUUCUCCAAGGGGAAAACGGUCUUUAAGCACUGGCUACCGGGAACCUGCUACAGUAACAUCACCUUCCAGCUAAUCUCCGAGGCAACGGCCAAUAAGAGCACCCUGGUCCGCAAGAGUGAAGUGGGCCACGAGCCACGUCAUCACAGAACAGUGCCCAACCCCCCGUUGAACAUCUCGCUCAAGGUCGUGCACCUCAACGGGAAGGUCGUGCGGGGGAGCUUGCUGAAGGAGAGCCUGGCGGAGGGGGGCAGGGGUCAGCAGGACUUCCCCAAACCUCGCAAGGCCCGCGACGUGCCCCUCAUGGACGAGCAGGAGCAGGAGCAGGAGCAGGAGCAGGAGCAGGUCCAGGCGGAGAGCCAGGAGGAGGAGGCGAGGCCGCAGGAGGUGGCCGGAGCCUCUGCCACCCUGAGGCCUGACGCCAUCCAGAGCCUGAACGCCAGUGUGCCCGACCACACGGACGAUUACGCCGAUGUGAACGCCAACACGGAGGCUGUCACCAACAGCAACGGUUACACUGGCAACGAGUCGGCCGAGACCGAGGCAGUCACACAGUUCUAUUGGCCAGAGCCCACGGGAAGCCCCUCCCCCACGGAGGAGGGGUUUGUAAACGUGGUGGUGCCGGAGUACGAGGACUCCAAUGAGCCCGGCUCGGCCAUCGACCUGCUGACAGAGGCAUACAUCACCCCCACCCCACUGCCCCCCAUCCUGCUGGAGUUGCGCUGGCUGCCCCCCCGACCCCCCACCGCCUUUGAUGGCUUCAACAUCUUCGUCUACCGUGAUGGGAACUCGACUGAAACAGCCACAGUGGAUGAGAACACACACGAGUUCUUCACAGAACUGACGGAACCGGGAACGUACCGUGUGCAGGUCACAACUCUCAGUUCCUCUGGAGACUGUGAUGCCCGUGAGAGCAUCGCUGACACCGGAUUCACCUUCUACCUCAGUCCCAGUGGAGAGUGGCUGGAGCAGCCCUCGGAGCGGCCGCACUCGGUGAACGUGCGGAUGCUGAGCUCCAGCACAGCGGCGGUGAGCUGGGCCCCCACGGCCGAGAGCCACAACGGCAGCCUGGUGUCCGUGCUCUCCCUCACCUGCCUCAAGGCCAGCCUCAGCCAGCGCAUGGAGAAUAACUACUGCUCAGAGGAGAACAUCACCAGUGACGUCAUCACAAACCUGAUGCCAGGUGCACAGUACAGGGUGGUGGUUUACCACACCAAUGGCCCUCUCAUCAGCCCUCCCUCUGAGCCAGUCAUCAUCGACAUCGAGCCAACAGGAGUGCGGGACUUGGUGGUGUACCCGCUCAGCCCCACGACGGUCAUACUGAGCUGGCAGAGGCCGUACCACGUGGCCUUCCGCAAGUACGUGCUGCAGACGUUCUUCUUCAACCCCGUCACGCUGGCGUCCGAGUGGACCACCUACUACGAGAUCGCCGCCACCGCGUCAGUCAUCGCCUCUGUGAGAGUUGCCGACCUCCUGCCUGCCUGGUACUACAAGUUCCGCGUUACCAUGGUGACCUGGGGCGACCCUCCACUCAGUUGCUGUGACGGCUCCGCGGCGAACUUUGUGACAGCCCCCGAGGCUCCCCACAUCUCCUCCGUGGACUACUCCCACGGUCAGCUGUACGUGCGCUGGACGUACGGCGACCUCUUCACCGACCUCACCCACUCCAGGAUGCUGCACUGGCAGGUGGUAGCCGAGGGCAAGAAGGGUUCCAGGAAGCGCUUCUCCAUUGACGUAACCCGCACCAUGAUGAAAACUACCAUGGCGUUGCCGCCGGGGGACAUCUACAAUCUAACCGUCACCGCCUGCACCGAACGUGGCCGCAACACCUCCAUGCCCCAUAUCAUCAAGCUGGAACCGGCGCCGCCUAAGUCCCUGUACGCCGUCAACGCCACGCACACCGCCGUGACCCUCCUGUGGAGCGAGGAAGGGGUCGUGGACUUCUACCAGAUCCUCUGCAAGCCGCUCGGACCCAACAAAGAGCUCAAGUCCAGAGAGCCCCAGACGUCCCAGUCUCACGUGACCACGGUGGCGGGGCUGCUGCCAUCCUCCUCCUAUAACUGCAGUGUGACUGGCAUCAGCUACAGCACGCCCAGCGAACCAGCCUUCAUCACCAUCACCACUCUGGCCAGGGAGAUGAACCCCAGCGUGGCAGCCAUCUCGGCUCUGGCCGUCCUCAGUGUGCUUCUCAUCAGUCUUCUUGUGCUUUUCCUGCUGGUCCUGCGCAAGAAACACAUGCAGAUGACCAGGGAGUGUGGCGCCGAAACGUUUGUGAAUUUUGCUUCUUUCGAGAGGGACGGCAAGAUGCCAUAUAACUGGCGAAGGAGCUUCUUUGCCUUCCUUACUCUUCUGCCAUCCUGCCUAUGGACUGACUAUCUUUUGGCUUUUUAUAUUAAUCCGUGGAGCAAGACUGCAUUAAAGAAAAGGAAAUUAACAAGUCCCGUGCAGCUAGACGACUUUGAUGCCUACAUCAAAGACAUGAGCAAAGACUCUGCCUACAAGUUUUCUCUGCAGUUUGAGGAGCUGAAAAGUGUGGGGUUGGAUCUCUCUCACGACUUUGCCGAUAUUCCCGUGAACAGGCCCAAAAACCGUUACACUAACAUCCUACCCUAUGAUCUCAGCCGAGUUAAACUCAUCUCCAUGCACAACGAUGAGGGCUCCGAUUACAUCAAUGCAAACUACAUACCAGGCUACAACUCGCCGCGGGAGUACAUCGCCACGCAGGGGCCGCUGCCGGAGACACGCAACGACUUCUGGAAGAUGGUGCUGCAGCAGAGGUCCCACAUCAUCGUCAUGCUCACCCAGUGCAACGAGCGUAGGAGGGUGAAGUGUGACCACUACUGGCCUUUUACGGACGAACCAGUCGCCUACGGAGAGAUCGCCGUGGAGAUGCUCACAGAGUCAGAGUCAGCUGACUGGACCGUGAGGAACUUCAGACUCAACUACGCUGACGAGAGUCAGGACGUGCUGCACCUGAACUACACGUCCUGGCCCGACCAUGGCGUUCCCACGGUCAACGCCAUCGACAACAUCCUGCAGUUCGUGCAGAUCGUCAGGCAACAGGUGAACCGGACCAAAGGGCCCAUCAUAGUGCACUGCAGUGCUGGUGUGGGCCGGACGGGAACAUUCAUCGCUCUGGACCGCCUGAUGCAGCACAUACGCGAGCACGAGUUUGCAGACGUCCUGGGCUUGGUGUCGGAGAUGCGCUCUCACCGCCUCUCCAUGGUGCAGACAGAGGAGCAGUAUGUGUUCAUCCACCAGUGUGUCCUGCUGAUGUGGAAAAAAAAGAAACAGCAGUCUGUCACCAGCGACGUCAUUUACGAGAACGUCUCCAAGUCAUAAUCACUAGGGACCCCACAAAUGUUGUGACCGUUCACUCUCUCUGUCCUCUCCUUCCUGGCGUUUGUGUACUGCCAAGUAAUCAGUUAAAUCUUUAAUAGCGAAACCAAACGAAGAAAGAGAUAAAGAAACAAAAACACAACAAAGCAAACCAACCACAAGAACAACAGAGGAAGACAAAACUGGAUACCAUGGCUACGCAUUCUAAAAAGUCACCGGUGCAAGCAUGGAAUAUAACAAUGCCUUAAGGAACCUUCACCAACUUAAUCGACAACCUUCCACAUCUGAGCCCCAACACCUCCACCCCCCCCCCCC